AACGAAACGGGAACGGAACGGGACGGGAGGAACAGUCGCGGAAGGGUAUCGUCGUUUCCGGAAAUUCGGAAUGGACGCCGGAAUGUCCGCGAGGGAUUUUCUCGGAGGGGCGAAAGUAUUCCGCGAUCAUUGAUGCUUCUGACGAAGCUGGGAGCCUCGAGCGAGAUUGUCGGGGAGGACGUCGCUUCUCGGAACCACCGUAAGGACCACCGUUCGACAAUAAUACACGCGUUCGUCAUGGAAAUCUCGGUGUUCUUAUUUUACGUGAUGACGUUGCUCGGCAUUGUGACGAGCGACAAGUGCGCCGAUGAGUGUUCCUGCAAGUGGAAGAGCGGGAAGCGCACGGUCGAGUGUAUAAAUCGUGCGCUGACUGGCAUACCGGAGUGGGUCGAUCCGGAGACGCAAGUGCUGGACGCCAGCGGCAACCAUAUCCGGAUCUUGCCGAGCAAUAUCUUCGUACGCGUACGCUUGACGAAUCUACAGCGUCUCUACCUACGCGAGUGCCGUAUCGACCGAAUCGAUAGCGAGGCACUGGCGGGCCUUACGAAUCUGGUGGAGCUCGAUUUAAGUCACAACUUAUUAACCGUAGUCCCCAGCGCCAGUUUCACGAACACACCGUUCCUCAGGGACCUCGUGCUAUCCGGCAAUCCUCUGAAAAGGAUUCACUCGCUCGCGUUCAAGAGCACGCCUAACCUGGUCAAGCUCGAUCUCUCUCACGCGCAGCUGGUCGAGAUAGAGGCGAAAGGAUUCUGGGGCCUGGAGCUGCUGGAAAGCUUGAAGCUGAACAACAACCAGUUGUCCACGCUUUACAAGGGCACCUUCGAGCCUCUGAACAAGCUCACCAGCAUAGAGCUCCACGACAAUCCCUGGAUCUGCAACUGUAGCCUGCGCGAGAUGAAAAUGUGGCUGGUCAAACACAACCUGCCAACGCUUCAGGCUCCCUUGUGCCACGGACCUAAACAACUGCUGAACCACACGUUCACCGAUCUGGGGAUAGACGAUUUCGCGUGUCGGCCGAUCCUCAUGAUGGCCAGCCGGUACGCGGAAGCGACGAUAGGCGAGAACGCCACUAUCGUCUGUCUAGUGAGCGCGAUACCACCGGCUAAGAUGAAGUGGUACUCGAACGGCAGGCUGUUGACCAAUCACUCAGCCUUCAGCAGCUACCAGAAGAUCCUAAUCUUCGAAGAGGGCCAGUUCAAGAAAAGGAGCACGCUGGUGCUGACUAACGCCCAGGAAGCCAACACCAGUGAGUUCUACUGCGUCGCCGAGAACCGCGCCGGCAGCGUCGAAGCGAACUUUACGCUUCACGUGUCGUUGAGAACCGCUGGCAUGUCUACGCUCGGCUCCGGCCAGAUCGCGGGAAUCUCUGCCGCGCUGGUCGUCUUGAUUCUCCUGAUUCUCCUCGUAAUCCUCGUCUUGUUCAUCCGUCUGAGGAGGAUGCCGCUGAAAGACGUCAAGUCCUCUGUACCCGCGGAAGGCGUGUCGGUGGACGGCAGCACCGGGAACAACGAGAACCCAGCGAUAUCGAGCUCCCGCAGGAAGCUCGACGAAAUAGAGACCACGUCGUUCGGUGUGGAGUCGAAGCCGCCGGUGUCUCUCAGCCUCAGCUACGUCCAGAGACCCCAGCCAGCGUCGUUGCAGCCGGAGAACGAGUACGGCUCGAUCGGCCGUUUCGACGAGCAGAGUCAGCACCCUUCGGAGAUGGUCGCGCCGGCCGCGUGCUUCUCCUCGACCACGUCGCUGAUGCCAAUCGACAACCCCGACCUGAUCAGGGACACUCGGCGAGGAUCGGCCGAGGACAUCACGCCGUACGGCGGGGCAGAUUACAGCCGCAUGGAAGUGGUCGACGACGCCAAGAUCCUUUACUCAAGUUGUCUGUGGGACGCGAGGGAUGCGUGCAGGACAUCAGUGUCGGUCAGCACCUACCCCUCGAAGGAGGCUCUGGCGGUGGUCGCGCCUAUGGUCGAGCAGUUUCCACCGGGCGCGAAGCAGAUACGGGUCUGGCAGAAGGGAAUGCCAGUUUUGCCGCCGGUCUCCGCGUUGAAGCGUGUGCUUGGUUCGACGCGCAGCUCUCCCGACGAGGGCUACCAGGAAGGGACUGGGACGGAUGUCUAGGUACCGCUGCUUCAUUACUGCGACGCCCGGCACCGUUACCUGGAGCUACGUAGACGCCACCAGGAAGACACUGACUGUUGAACACGACGACUCUUUUGUUUCUUUCGUCCUGUGCCGGACGAGCGGUAGUGAACGACACCGAUCAUUUACGGACCUCGAACGAAUCCGUGGCCGAACGGAUACAGACGUUUACUCGUCACGUGCGUCGCGUAUACAUAAACAUAUAUAUUCGUAUAUUAUACGAAGGACGUUUCGCCUAACCUUCUUGUCCGGAUUAUUUCUGCUGUUGUUGGAAUUCCGUGGGAAUGAUUUUUCUACGGGACUCGUAUGGUUUUGUGCUGGCGUCCACGAGGAAUAGGCGUUUGUUCUGUUGGCCAGGCUCGUCGGAAUCAGAUGACAAUAAUCAGAACAGAGUACUUUUUAACGGGUUCGAGAAUAUUUCGGUCUGUAUGGGCUAGUGUACGGAGGAAUCAUGUCUUUAUUGAUUUCGAUGAACGUUUUGGUACGUUUACCAAGUGAGCACUGAUUGAACGAGGAGUAAGUAGCUGGCUGUAUUUUAGUUGUCUGUAGACGAUGCCCUCUUUAAUGGAUGGUUCUUCGAGGUUUAUUUCGGUGCCAUUGUUCGGCCUUCAACUCUCGAGCAUCCUUUGCUUGUUUAUUGAUGCAUUUCUAUUUCUAUACGCCAGAAGGCUUCUUCUUAGUCGCUAUAACGAAAGAAAGGUGAACAUUUCGCGUGGUAUUAUCAACGAUCAUUCAACCAUUUAACCCCUUGUUAUACAAUGACGAGUGAGACUCGCGAUAGAGAUUUCGGGAGUAGUUUAACCCUUAAUAUAACGUGCAUUAUGGAUCUUAUAUGAUUAAUUAUCGAUCGUGAAAUACUUGUUUCUCUUUUUACACGAAUAACAGAUUGACAGAAGAAAUUAAGAGACGUGGAAUCCAUGAAGAUUUAUUAUUUUUUCUUUUUCGAAAUGAAAGUUUAGGUUCGAAGUUUCGCUGUAGAAAUGAAUUGUUAAGGUGCUGAACAUGUUUAGAGUGCAAAGGGUUAAUAAACAUCAAUGGUGUCCAAUGCACAUGGAUCAAAGCAAACAACUAUUUUGUUACUAUAGAUAAUCUCGAAAGAAAAUUUCUACUUGAAGUGGCGUGAAAAUAUCUUUACGUUUCUUCUAAACUGCUGAUAGUAACAUUUUGCACGAGCGUAGCAAAAAUAAGGAACGUUCGAUUCUCUUGGACUCGCCGAGACACUUAGCAGUCAAUGUAAGUGCCAAGUUUGACAAUAUCUCUGAAAUUGUCUCUUUUCAUAUUGAAUUUCAUAUUUUACAAUAAAUUCAAAUAAUUUAACAUAUAAAAUUGUUAGAAAAAAAUUAAAUAUAUUAUUCUUAUAAAAAAUUUAGUUAAUUUAUUAAAUUUUAAUACAUUCAAAUUAUUAAAUAAAUAAACAGUAUAAAACCCAGAAAUAUGUCCGAAAUUGUAUAUCAACAAUAAUGUGACAUCAGAAUACGUGUAUUUCACAUGAAUAUUUAAUCAAAUAUUUCACAAAUGAAGGAUGCUUAAAAAUCGAAGGGACUGAGUAAACAUCACUUUAUUUUAGCAUUGAAAAGGAAAUACAACAUGUUUGUUUAUGCAGUGAAUCAAUUGAAUUGUAAAGAAAAACGAAUUUCCGAGCUGGUGAUUUAAAAUUCAGACAAAAUGAGCCAAGUAUCCUUAAUCCCUUGACCUUUUCAACUGAAAAAUAAAUUUCGAUUGAAAAAAGAAAGAAGUUCGAUGCGUAUUCUAUGUCUACGUUUGUCUUACAAUAUAAUCAUUGAUAACAGAAGAAUAAUAUUCAAUUUGAAUUCAAAGGAAUCGAGUAAUAUUUACGUUUGUUAAAUUCUAUUUAAAAUAUUCUAGGGUAUCGCACGUUAUUUUAAAGCAAGGGGUUAAACUUUUCUUCCACUUUCAUUUCAAACACCGCGGUACACGCGUCUAUAAUUGUUUUAACCCUUUGAACUCAGAAGCUUUUCACUGGAAACUUUCGACACAUUCCAAUGAGACACAGGCGACAUUAUUUGAAACGAAAUAAUGGGAAAACAUCCGUAAAUUAAGAAAGAAAGUUAUUUUAUAUGAACUUAAUAUUAUAUGUAACAUUUAGUAAUUUCACCUCCCGAGUGCAAAAGGUUAACCCCUUGCCUUAUAAUUUGCCUUAUAAUUUACUUCUCGACUGUGCUCGAUAGAACAACUAUGUCGUAAACAAUUUAGCAGAAAAUUAAACGAAUUUUAUACUUUAUGUCUACAUUUACUCUAAAUGUUAGAAAUCAAUAACAGACAAGUAAUACUUAAUUUAUGUUAGAAAUUAGUAACAUUUAGAUUUGUCGAAUUCGCUUUGAAAUUUUCAUCGCGAGUCUAACAUAUUAUAAGGCAAGGAGUUAAUUCGUAUAAAAGAAACUUUGCACAAUAUACAUGAUUUUUGAACAUUCAUCAAACAUUUCGAAGUUUUUAUUUAGAACUGAAAAAAAAUAUCAACGAGUUCAUGAAGAGAUAAGGAGGUUAUCGUGUACAGACAAAUAAAAUGAAAUAUGCCACCGAUCGAGCGACAUCCCCUAUUGCAACAAUUAUUUGCACCUAUAUCUCAAUUAUGGGACUCCGACAAAACGAAAGGCGAACUUGGCCAGUGCACUAAUUUAUUUUGAUAUACGGCUCGAAAUAUAUCAACCGCGUAUUUGUAACUUGUUCCAAUUGAAAUAUGUGCACGGAAUGCUAUCGGGCGAAAUUUAUUUACAAGUUUCUGCGACACAAAAACCAACGUAGUCGCGGCAUGCAUUUCCGGGAAAAUUGAUCCGAACGGUUUGCAAGGAAUCAAAGGAACAACGUUCAGUUUCGCGUCCAGUUAAUCCGCCAACAGAAUCGAGUUCUCUGCCACCGUGGAACCACGCGAUUUCCGUGGGACAGAUUUUUCGGGAAUUUCAGCAGUAGCAGUAACACUUUAGGUGAUAAAGUUGGGCGAAGCACCCUGUGUAAUAUAUCUAAUUAUACAUAUAUAAUUAUAUGUGUAUAUUAUUCUAUAUACACAGGGCGAUCGAAUGGUUCGGGAUUUCAAGGGUAGACAGUGGCCCGACGAGUGCAGGAGGAACGUUUGAAUAAACUUGUGUCGAAGUAUCAAUAUCUUCGAGGGUGUGAAGAAUUUUUCGUUUCGCUAAAGCGAGUGGUUUGUGCAGAGUUGUCAUGGUUGAAAAUGUUAGAUUGUUUUAUCCUUGCUUGUUUCUGUGAUCCCUGGAGAUUUUGUCCUUUCAUUUCCACGUGUGUUUCACAUCUUCGUACCGAAGAAUUGCGUGUUGUUUCAACGAUUUCCGGGAGUAUUUGAAAUCUCUUGUACACGUUUUCUUCCUUGAAAUGUAAUUCGUCUGUGAUAUCGAUUUUGAAAGAGUGCGGAAGUUUUUUUUCUGCCGGGCUUGGAGUAGUUUGACAGUUUGACAGUUUGACAGUUUGACUGCCACGUCAUUCGACUGCGGGUUGUUUUAUAUAAAUUAUUGAUUAUUAUUUAUGUACAUUUUUACAUAAAUUAGUGAUCAUUAUUUGUAUAAAUUUUUGCAUACAUUAUUGAUUAUUAUUUA